UCUCCACCUUUCUGAAUCUGAAGAAGCUCUUGGCAGUUACGUCAGACUCCGGAGCGAAAAGUGCUAGACAAGCAAAUAACGCGUCUAAGGAGCUGCUCUCAGACUCUGCUUCCAAAAGCACAGACUGCUCACUCCUCUGUGAUCAGUCCUGUCACUAAAACUACUGCUAAGAGCAAUUCUGUAAGCCUGGGUCUCUUUUUUCCUUAUGCGCGCUUUGGAAACUGAUUUUUCAUGCUGUGACUAAUACGCAACCAGGGACGAUAUCCAGAGCACAUUGAGAGGGCACGUUUUUUUCCUGUGAUCCUUGCAGUGACAUGAUGAGGCGUGUGAGAAUUUCUCCACGACACCACCACUGAUUAGAUUUGUUUAUUCACCCGAGAGGGACCGAAAUGCCGCACGGGCGAACCAGGAACCCGAGCCCUAUCCCGGAGGUAACGUGGGACACAGGGCACAAGGAGAUGAACGAGACGUGGAAGGGUGCAGUGGCGUGUCUCGGCGUGGCCGUGUUCUUCGUGAUGACCAUUGGCAUCAUUUAUUGGCAAGUGGUGGACCAGCCCAACAAGAACUGGAUCCUGAAGGGCAGCUUCAGCGGGCUGGUGUGGGAGCGCAGGGCGCAUUCGCUUGUGCUGCAGACGCUCACAGAGGACAAGACGUUCGUGCAGAUCAACCUGGGACACGCAGGCGUCGCUGAGGCUGAUGUGCCGUUCGUGCGUAAUCUUUGUUGGCUUAACAAGACCGAGUUCUGUUAUACGUGGGACUCGGUCGCAGAUGUAAGGAUUUCUCUGGACACUGGCGACGAGGCCGGGACAGAGUGCUACACCGUGACCUGGAUCCCGUUGCACUGCCAUGUGGAGCUCAAGGACUGCUUCUCCAUGGAUAAUGUAUCAUGGUACGGUGGGGCCAGUGUCCAAGCAUUGCGGUGGCCAAUAAACGACAUGGAUAUUUCAAUGCAGCCCUUCACUGUCAGUGACCUUAGGGACAACCCCUCUGGCUUUGGUUCAGUCCUAGAGCGCUACUUCCUGGGAUCCUCAGGUGUGGCAGUACUGGUUUCCCCACACAUCCCGUUGCAUGUUGGGGUAGAAAGCAGGCAGCAGUUCUGUCUUCACACAACUCCCAGUUUGGCACGACUACCCCUGCAGUACACUGUCUGUGUGGGAGAGAACGUCAAAGCCGUUUACCAAGAGUCAAUACAACAGCUCUCCAUGCACUAUCGAGAGCUGCCCAGCAUGAAUGUCUUACGGCUGCCUUUCUGGAAACUUCCCGCAAGUGUGGACUCAGGGGCAAAGAUUGAAAGGGAGCUAAGAACCUUCUCUAAUCGGCUGAAGAGGCACCACCUAGGAGAAGGGGUCAUCAGCCUGGAUGAACAUUCCACAUCUCUUCUCUCCAACAUGGACCAUGAGUACCACAAUGGCAGGAGAAGGACGUCUGAGAGACAGAUCAGGGACCUCCCUUUUGUGAAGCUUCUGAACAUUUCCGUAACCCUGUCGCCAUAUUUAAGUGUGGACUCACAGCAGUUUCAGACCUGCAUACAAGACAGGAUGCAGGAGUACUGGCUCAGCCUGCCUACUGGUCCACAGGCUCAUUUGGUUCCAUUAUUAACUCAGUGGAGAGGAAAGUACUGUGUCAAGUUGAACAUCACAAAUCCAGAAGCCACCAACUGGUUCUUGGAGAGAGUGAGCAGCCUGCACAGUCACUUGGGCAUGGAGUAUGUGAUGUUAGAGGGUGGGGAGGGAAACCCAUUUGAAGAGAAGUCUAUGCGACUUUCUCCUUUCUUCAAAGGAGAUGAAUACAUCCGGCUCAUGGCAGACCUCGCUGAGAGUAUAGGGGAAAAUACUAUUGUUAGCGCAGGAACAAGGUCUAGCCAUAAGCCUUUGUUCAUCCGUAUGAGUGCAAUGCAGUCUGACUGGAGCUAUGCUGGACUCAAGGGUAUCAUUCCAUCCCUGCUGCAUUACAGCCUGUUGGGUUAUAAUUUCUUCAUUCCUGAUGCAGUAGGAGGCUCUUUAUCCAUUGAGCUGGUCACAGACGAUGAACUCUUCAUUCGGUGGCUGGAGAUUGUUACCUUUCUUCCUGUACUCAGUUUUCAGACACCUCCAUGGGCAUCUGACAAGGUAGACAAGGUCCUCAAUGUGACCAGACUGUAUAUCACUAAGCACCAGGAGUUUGUAGUGCCUCUGAUAGAGAAAUAUGCACAGGAGUGGCAAGCCAAUGGAAACCCUAUCUACCGCCCUCUGUGGUGGAUCAGUCCUAAUGAUUCAGAAACAUUCACUAUUGAUGAUGAAUUUCUCAUUGGAGAUGAGGUACUUGUUGCACCAGUGACAGAAAAAGGCACGUUGCAUAGAGACAUUUAUCUGCCAGGGAGUAACUUUCAGUGGCAAGACACCAACAACGCUAAAGUAUUUGAUGGCGGGACGCUCCUUCAAAGUUACCACGUUGGCAUUGAGGAGGUGCCUGUAUUCAUCCGAAAGACGUCUUGAGGCCAACUGUCUGACUAUCACAAGGCUGAUUUUCUAUUUUUGACUUUUUAUUUUUCAGUUGUGCAGAUCUCGAGUUGCACUUUCCACAAAGACCAUUUUCUGUGUUCUAAGGCACAGCCUUGAGAUCAUGUACAAGAUCAUUUUCUAUUUGCACUUUACAAAUGAAGGUUAUUUAUAUUAUCUAUAAUAUUUUGAAAUCAUUUGGUUUCAUUUUAUCUGCUUGAUUUUUUUUUUUUUUUUGUGAUAAUUCAAUGUUUUCUACUUAUACUUUGUUUCUGGUAGAACUGUGGUUUACAUUUGACAUAUACUCACAGCCUUAAAAAGUUGAUCUGCUUCCAUCGGCCAUAACGUGGAGUUGAGCAUCAAGCGCAUAAUUUACUUAAAAUCAUAUUUUUUUCUCUAAAGAAGACCAAAACAAUCAGUGAAAAGAUACUUCUUGCCAAGUAAUAAACUGUAAAGAGGAGCCUCGCAGCAACAUGGGAGUGGACACACUCUUGAUUUCAGAAUGUCUCUUAAUUUCACUGAGCAGGCUUUUCACUCAGACAUUGUUGGUUAUUUUGUUAUUCUAAAUGUACCUCAAGUUUUUUCUUAUUUUUCUGAAAUGUGAAAAAAAAAAUCAACCAGCAUAACACAUAAGAGCUGAUGCUUUGAGCAACUCUAUGUCACGUAAGUGCAAUUAUUUGAUCCACUGUGAGCAAAGCGCUAAGAAAUGUUGAUCACCUUCUGUGCAACAAAAUGGUCCACCAUCAUUAUAUUCACAGCUGCAAGUCUUAUUCUAGAGUACUGAUGAAUGUCCAAUCAAUGCUUUUUUACUAUUCUUUCUUCAAAAUUAUUUGUAACCUUUUCAAUAUCAAAUUAAUGGUAUUAUAAUGAGAAUAUCGCGGUGAUGAAGAUAGAAUCUCUAUUAUUUCUUCAUAAACUAAACUGACUGAUUUAACUUACAAAAGCUGCCUAAAGCUGUAGGUAGAUAGUAGAUUUAAUAAAAUACAAAUCAGAUGCACUUAAUAUAAUGAAAUGUGCAGUAAAUAUUAAGCAAAAAGUGUAAAACAUUGCAUUAAGGGUGCUAUGUCUCCAUAAUACUCAAAAUUCAGCACAAUCAUCAGCGCAUGAGUUUAUGAACCCUGAAUCACUUUCAAAUGAUGUUCCAGUACAGAGAGAACUUGACCAGCAUGGCAUAUUGCCUUCUACAAUCUUAAUUAAUCCUGAUCAUGUAGUCAAUGUUUACUGUAACAGCAGGGCUCUUGGGUCGAAGAUAUCAAAUGCAAUCAUCGAAUGUCUUAUUGAGGCCCUGUGCUGAAAUGUCUUAAUCUCUUUUUUUUCUUAUAUUAUAUCUUAUAUAAACACAUAGUUUUCAAGCAAGACAAACUGUGAUUUUUUUUCUUCCUGUAUUCAUGGAACCUAUAAUCUGAUAAUUAUAUUAAGUAUAUUAGGUGUAUACUAGAUAGCCCUAGAUAUACUAUAUAUAUAUUUUAUAAUAAGUUUUUGCUAAUGUCUGCCUAGAAGCUUUAGGAAG